UCCAGACAACACUAUUUCCCGUAACUACGGAGGGGCGUGGCAAACCAAUGGUGCCGCUUUAAGAGUUUACAACAUGAAAUUUGUUUCCAGACUUCCAAUUCUACGACUGUGACGGAACACGGAGAGGUAAACAGAAAGUCGCUUUUGGAGGAUUUUGAUUCAUUAAAAGAAGAAUUAGAGUGAUUUAUUCUUCCUCGCUCCCCCUUCCAGACUCAUCUGUUUGGACUCUACCGGCUUGCGGCAACACGGUGGGCUUGCCCUGCGUUUGAAAAACAAGACUCAUACCGAAAGUUCAGUAAAGAAACGAGCUAUCUAGACACAGUCGGAGUCAGUUUUCUUUUCUUUGAAGCCGUGAGAGGAUGUACCGAAACUUUGGGAGUCAUGGAAGAGGAAACCCGCCGUACACUGGCAGCCUGUCCGGGUCAGACGCCUCAUCCCUGGGAAGCAACAGCACUUCAACCCCGCAGCAGUUUACAAUGACAGGCAGCAGUCCGUUUGUUCCCAGUCUGAACGCUAUCACAACAAACCAAGAUCUCCAGUGGUUGGUUCAGCCGACCCUCAUGCAUCCUCCAGGUCCUUCACGAUCACCGGCACCUCCUUACCCGACCCACCUGGGGCCACGACCACUGGUUUCUCCCCCGUCCCAGUCCCAUCUUCUCAGACCAGGAGUCAUAAGAGCACCCUCACAUCCUACAUCUUCCUCGAGGCGCAGUAACGACGAACAAUUAUCAACUGAGGAGCUGGAAAGACGCAGAAUAAGAAGGGAGCGGAAUAAGUUGGCAGCAGCAAAGUGUCGUAAUCGUCGCCGAGAGCUGACAGACUCGUUACAGUGUGAGACUGAAGAGCUGGAGGAUGAGAAGUCACGAUUACAGAAGGAAAUUGCUGAUUUACAAAAGGAGAAAGAGAAGCUUGAAUUGGUUCUGGAAGCUCAUCGUCCCAUUUGCAAGAUUGAGGAAUCUGAUUCAGAUUCUGACCCAAAUCCAACUAUUUCAUCCUUGGGGGCCAUCAAAUUGGAGCCGGAGGAAUCCAGCCCUCCUGGACCCUCAAUCAAACCAACAGUGAAGAUGGAGAAACCCAAACCAAAGAUUACAAUCCCCGCUAGGCCUGCAGCAUCUGCCACCUCCGUUGUUGCCUCUGAAUCAGAGUCACUCCACACCCCAGUUCUCACCUCGACACCGUCACUUCUUUCCUUCGUGAGCAGUACGGUUUUCACCUAUCCAUCUUCAGACAUCGGCUCCUCUGUCAUGACCCACGGCGCGUCGCAUCAGCAGCAGUCUCAGGCCUCGCAGUCCUGUGGCAUCGCUCAUCGUCGCAGCAGCAGCAGCGGCGACCAGUCGGACCACUCCCUGCACUCACCCACCAUCCUCACCCUGUGAUCAUAACACUAACCCUCUGAAAGGGACAGAAAGGCAUGUUGAGAUUGUUUAAUCUCUGGGGACUGUUGAUUCUUAUCUCGCAAAGAUUUGUUGCAUUAUCAGAAUACGAAUGUUACACUUUUUAGUUUUAUAGCUGUGAGAUUAAAUGAAUGUCAUUGAUGUUUUAGUGAAAUCGUUGCAUGCAGAAUCUAUACUCUAAAAAAUGCGUAUUUGGUUGUUCUAUUUUUUUUAUUUGUUACAAAAACACAAAAAGAAAUCUAUUGAAUAUUUGAACAACUUUAAAAACAUUUCAAAAAUGUAAAAAAGGAUAAAGUACUAACAACUAAACGUACUUAUGUGUGUUAAUCCUAUAAGACUCCAGAUGUCUAUAGAAAUGAUUAACAACUAAGGCUGGACCAUACAGGAGUUGGUAUAGAGUUUAUUAUCGCCUAUUUAUUUUCCAUAGAGUGUAAUAUAUUUUUGAUAAUGUUAGAGCUUUUGUGGGCAGUGCCUUAAUUUUUUUUCAUUUCUGACAAUUCACAGAAAACAAAUGAAAGAAAAUUGUGUAUGAAAACUCUGAUGGUGUGUUUUUUAUCCUGUAAAACUGAACUCCAGGAGGAUGUGAUUAAAAUAAGAGUAAUCCUCAGA